CGUCUUACUACAAGGAUGCCUUAGCUAGUCUCCCUUUAUAAAGCGGGUGAUGCAACUGGACUGCGUUAGCUGUAAGUUUCACUACAAACAGAAGGGACACGGGUGAAGCCUUUCGGACGGCACUGUAUUCUCUUGUAAACGGCAGAUCUUAUCGAGAGGCAACAUAAUGAUGCUUCAGUGUCCCGGACUGGGUCCCUCGGAGAUCAGCGCAUCGGCUUUGGUUCCUUGCCUCUCCCCGCCGGGGACGCUCACCCUGGACGACUUCACCAACUUCACGCCGCUGGUGAAGGAGGAGCUCCGCCUGGCGAUUCAGAACAAGCGUCUGUCUAACGGGCUGAACUCCAUCAUGAACGACUAUACAAGUUCCAGCUCUGAACGAACCUCGGAGCAGCUGUCGGUGAGGCGAGAGGUUACUCCAGAGGAAAGCGAAAGGAGGAAAAGGAGACGUGAAAGAAACAAAAUAGCUGCUGCCAAAUGUAGAAAUAAGAAAAAGGAGAAGACUGACUGCCUGCAGAAGGAGUCGGAGAAACUGGAGUCCCACAAUGCUGAGCUGAAGGCCCAGAUUGAGGAGCUGAAGAGCCAGAAGCAGCAGCUGGUCUACAUGCUGAACCUCCACCGGCCCACCUGCAUAGUCCGUGCCCAGAAUGGCCAGACGCCGGAGGACGAGAGAAACCUCUUCAUCCAGCACAUCAAGGAGGGCACUCUGCAGGACUUGAUCACUGGCCCGGCCGUACUGAGUCACACUUCAGUUCCCAAGUCCUGUGAUCCCCACUGACUGAAGCAAGACUGGAUCCAUCUGCUUACAAGUGAAGAUCCCAGAGACAAUGUAACUUUCCACUCCCAAUUUAAGGGACUUCUAGAGGAAUUAAAGAGAGACUAGACGGCUCAACGGUUCCCUGUUUCACCCGGGAUGGUACGCGGACCAUUGCCUGUGAAGAAAAAGCAUUAUAGCACUAAGGAAAACCAAGAUAUUCGAUUUGCUUUAAAAUAUGAAUAUAUUUUAAUUUUACUUUGCCCUUACAAUGUUGUCGAUGGUAACUCACCCUGUCUUUGGUCAAAUUUGUGUCACUUUAUGUUAAUUUAGUCUGGUUUAGUGAGCAAAGGAAUUUAGGUGAUGUCACAGGUAACUUGAGAUAAAUGUUUACACAAUUUCAAAUUGAAACUUCCCUAUAAUGAUGAAUACUCAUUACUGUGGUAACUUUACAUGGAAUACUACUAGCAUCGAUAAGACUAUAUGGAGAUAAUGCAUAUAUCCAGUUUUAUUAUUAUGUGGAAACUUACGUUUCAUUCUUAGAUGUAGAAGGUGAAUUCAUUCAGAAUUUUAUUUAAUGCUUAAAAAUAGUUUUUUUAUGUGUGUGAUAUGAUAGCUGUUGCUGUCUAUGAUUUUACUUAUAUGCAACAGCCUUCAGAAAGAGCUGCUAAAGUUUCAGGGGUGUGUGUGUGUGUUUGUGUGUGUGUGUGUGUGUGUGUGUGUGUGUGUUACCGGAGCAUUAGGAGUGAAUGAAAAGCAAUGCUGAAUCUUUGAAGAAGAUAUUUUAGCGUCAGGCAUCAAAGGGAUAAAUGCAAGAUGAAUGUUCUAGAAGUCUAACGCUGGGUCUAUACUUUAAUGGCAAAAGUUUAAUGGUACUUCAGACAAUGUACUGUCAAGGGAAUUUAUAAUGAGACUGAGUCUCUGAGUGUGAAACGUUUGUGAGAAGACUGCUCUAGACUACUGUGGUCAUAUUUAAGCUGCAUUUGUGCAUACGUGCAUGCACGAGUUAAAAAAAAUAAAACAUUUAUCACGAUUAUGCACAGUGCCACCUGUCAGACUAGAACAAAAAGCUUGCAGAUAUUGAUAACAUUGUAUGUUGGCUUUUACAUGUAACACUGUUAUGAUGAAGUUGUAUGGUAUUUAUUUAUAAGAUAUAGGAAGCAAUUAUAUAAUGUGAGCAAACACACUUAACUAUAUAACUUAUAUUUUUAAUUGUACGCUCAGCUGAAAUAAAUGGCUGCCUUGUGUUUGAGCUCCGUAAUUUUCUCGGACAUCGGCUGCCGAGUGUUGCUCUGUAAGAAAGUUUCAGAAACCUCUCGAGGAACCUCGCAUGGAUGCACUGGGCCUCAAUGUACGUGGUUUAAGUGACAUGGAGUACGGAGGGCCUGCUUGGGUCCAGCUCUCCGAGACUGAACAGAAUGAAUGUGGUCGAGGUGUUUAGGCUGCAAACCCUCUGGGACGGCCUUGCUGCCCAAGCACACCUGCUUUAGGACACGUGUUUCUGUGCUUGGGCGACAGAGGGAGAUGUAUAGGCGUCGGUAAAUUUAGUGCACCCUUGUUAUUACCAUCGUCUUUAUUUAUCUGCAGGCACGGAAGCUACUAAUUACAUACUACUGUAUAACCCAAAGGGAAGAUGUCUUGAAAGUGUUCCUGUUUGCACUGUUUCUACAAGCGAUGCUCAUGAAAGUGGUAUGGAGUACAGAGAAAUAGGUUCUUAUGUGUGAUUAGGCUAGAAUUUGAAAUGCGUGUAAUCAAAUCAGGUAAAAAUCUAUGAUACUUCACUCUGAAAUGCCUCAAGGAAAUGUUUCUGUACAAUCUGUCCAACUGUUUUUGAUACUUUAAUAAAAACAUAUGCUAUUUUC